CUUUGUAUUACAGAAUGUACUCGAGUACACUAUCUUCGUGUGAAUCGUCUGCUGGCCCUCUGGUCAUAAGCUCCUAGUAACAACGGCGAAUCUGCUAAGCGCUGUAGUGGAUCAAAGGUCUUACCCCUCUGUCGUCCAUGUCUUUCCAUGUGUCAAAACGCAAGCUCAAUCUCAAUAGUGUUGUAUACUCCCCUUGGAAGUGAUGGGCCGCUGCGUCGAGCUCAAUGGUCAAUCAGACCUGUAUCGCAAUUGGGUCGUCUUCUUACCCUCUGCUGAUAUGCUCGAGUUCAUCCCCUUCUCCACAGGUUCGUCGUCAUGUUUCCCCCUUUUGUUUAUUCUCCAUGCUUCAAAGUGUCUUCUCCAGAGAAGAACCAACCUGGCUUUCUAAUCGCCUUGAUCAACGAAUCCUUCUUGUUCGUGCCCCAAACCCCAUGGUCCUGCUUCUUUGCCUCCUUGGUAUCCAACUUUUCCUUCUCGGGGGUCGCAGUCGUGGAGACCUUCUUGCCAUUUUCCUUGAUAGCCAGCUUUCCAAGACCAACCUCAUCAAUCGUAGAUUCUUUCUCCUUUUCCUUUCCCUUUGCUUCAGCACUAGCUUCGGCAGUUCUCACCUUCUCCUCGACAUCCUCUUCCUCUUUCUUGUAGGCAUUUCCCCCAAAUCUGCCGUCUUUACCUUCUGCUUCCAAGACACCUUGUCUCUCUUGCUCAGUACCAACUUUGGAGGCAAGUUUCUUCAUUCUUCUCUUUUCCCUUUGAUGUUCUCGUUUCGCUUCUUCCUUAUCUUUGGCAACCUGGCGUGAGUUUUCUGUACCGAUUGUCAUGUCGAGUAAUUUGAAGAGGACCCAGGGGGGCUUGUUAAGGUAGAAACGUUUGACAUUCUGUAAUUUGUUCCUUAGUAAGAGGAAGAAUGUUAUGAGGAGAAGAGAGGGAAGGAGGAAAAACCUUUUCAGAUGCUGUGAGAAAGACAUCGUUGUCGAGGAUAUAGCCAAUGGUGUCGAGUUCAGCUCCUGUGGCUGUGAAAGUGGGAGGACAGGGGUUUUGGGAGUUAUGUCUUCCCUGUAAAACACAUCUUUUUUUACAAAUCAACAACAUUUCCGUCGCCGUGGCAGCAAUGAUCC